GAGGAUCGAGAGCCUCGGGUUGGUUCCGAUCAUGAAACCUUUCAUCUCUGUGGCCCCCCCCUCAGGCCUGCUUCUGGUCCUGAUGUGCUGCCCCCUGCUGGGCUGGGUCCAGUCCGCCAGCAGCAACAAGGCCAGCGAUAACGGACACCCACACCUGGGAGACUCGGACCCACAGCGCUGCAUGAGGCACCACUUUGUGGAGACCAUCACACACCCCAUCUAUAAGUGCAACUCCAAGAUGGUGUUGCUGGCGCGCUGCGAGGGCCACUGCAGCCACACCACCCGCUCCGACCCCCUCAUCUCCUUCAGCUCGGUGCUCAAACAGCCCUUCAAGAGCACCUGCUCCUGCUGCCGGCCGCACACCUCCAAGCUCAAGGCGGUGCGGCUGCGCUGCUCCGGCGGGACUCGCAUCACGGCCACUUACAGAUACAUCCUCGCCUGCAACUGUGAGGAGUGCAGCUGAGCGGGUGGGUGGGGGGGGAGGGAGAGGGAGAGGGAGCAGCACCCUCCCACACCCUCAUAUGACUCUCACGAACCAAAUCCUCUUUCUCUAAGGCCAUAAGGAGUGUUUGUUUCGGUUGGUUAUUGGAU